AUGUCUUAUUACUUGAAAGAGCUAGGAGUCGAUGAGGAUGAUGAUGCAUACGACUCGUAUACGUCUGAAGAAGAUAACGAAGACGAUCUUCAACAAGAUCAGGAAGAGAGUCCACGUGAAUUUGAACAGCAAGAGCCAACACAGGAUUCAAAAGCCUCCUCCGUGAGCUCUGCCUCAUCCUCCUCGAUUCAAAUCGUCUCACUCUCCGAGAAGAAAUCUCAACAAAAGAAAAAGUCAUCCAAGGCUUCAUCCUCUUCCAACAAAAAGAAGGAAGAGAAAAAUGUUGUGAUGGAAAUUACUCAGGAAGAGCUCGAUUAUUAUCAACAAUUGAAGCUGUACGGAAUUCAUGGCAUCAACCAAAAAAAGAAGAAGAACGAUACGGACGGUUGGAGUGAACAAGUUUCUUUCAAAUUAGAUGUGUUGCAGUCCUCUAAAAUGUUUUUUGAAUCGGUUAAACCGACCGAAGUGAUCAUCCUCACAGGAAAUCCUAAAUAUGAAGAACAAAAGAAGUAUAUUUUGCGUCAUCAAUACGAAAUUCAUACACAAAAACCAAAUGUCUACAGAAAUUUGGACCAAAUGAUCGCUGGUGAGGUUGCAGCUCCACCAUUUCAAACCCAAGAGGUCACAAACAAAUUGAAAGCAACUCAAAUGGCCAAACAAAUUUUGCACCGAACAGAUCAAUUGGCAUGCUUGUCCUACGAUGAAAGAUAUUUGUUUAUUUAUGGAGGAAGAACGGAACAAGUGUAUCAUGAUGAUUUGAUUAUUUUCGAUUUACAGACCGGUAAAAUGAAAGUUUACAAGAAUUUGCAAUAUUUGAGUCACAUGGGAUCUUAUUAUGGAAACUUAAACAAUCCACUUCCUCCCUUGGCCAAUACGGACAUGGUCUCGUGUGGAAACCAAUUGUUUUUGUUUGGAGGUUUGACAGGCCUACCAUCAAAUGUUAUGAAUGCAAUGAUCGAGGAACACUUUCCUGCAACUUAUACCAGAAAUCAUCCUCAAUUUUACAGGCACAACGAAAUGUUUGUUUAUGCAAUUAGCAAUGUUCAUGAUUCCGCAAAGAUUGGUUAUGGACUCGAUUUUGCUCCUGGUGUCAACACUCAGCAAUAUACUCGAAAAGUUCAUCCCAUUAGAAGCGCUACUUCUGUGAUAGUUCCUGCUCGAAAUCACUUUUCUGCCACUAAAAUUAAUUUGGGAUCUUCAAAAGUUGAAGUUUAUUUAUUUGGAGGAAGGAAAAACAACACUGCUGUCGAUGACAUGUAUCUUUAUACCUUUACCAGUAAUGUAAAACAAUUUGACGUGGUGCAAAUUGAGAAGCCCAAACAACAGAAACAUCUUGUAGUUUGGCCUUCGGCACGAUAUGGCCAUUCCAGUUGCCUUAUUUCCAACUUGAUUUUCAUUUUUGGAGGUCGCAAUUCCAAGAACGAGCUCUUGAACGAUAUGUACAUGUACGAUACUACCGCAAAAGUUUGGACAGAAAUUGUUUGUGACUCCAUGUUACCACCACCACUCUUUAAACAUCAGUCAUUUGCUGUCAACAACCAAUCUUUUUAUAUUUAUGGAGGUGAGCUUAAGGAUGAUCAUGAACAUUCCUAUUCAGAUUCUCUCUAUCGAUUCGAUAUUGGAGAUAAGAAAUGGAAUUUGAUUGAAAUUAUUUCAGAACAAUCUCUCGACGAAGAGAGUAAUAAGGCGCUUCCUUGCUCUGGUCAUUCCUGCUUUGCCAUACAAGGAAAGUUAUUAAGAAUUGGUGGACUCUCGAAAAAGGGAGAUCCCUGUGUUAGAAUUUUGAACAUGACUGAUCCUGGAAGACCCAUUCCUUUGUGCUCUUAUUUGGAGAAGAAGAGGGAUGAAGGAUUUUUGUGUGACGUUGUAUUCCGUUUGCGUGACCAUAAGCAGAGUGAGCAAAACGGCCAAGGAGGAGUGGACUCCUUGAGUUAUGUGUUAGCCCAUAAGGCCAUCAUUAAGGCUAGAUGUCCAGCAUUGCAUGAAAAGAUUCUGGAAAGCACCGAAACGAUGAGCACGCAUAGACUUACUGGUACAUUUAAUGAGAAUUGUGAAGAAAUUACGAUCGUGGAUAUUACCGCUUGCACCACUCACAUUUUUGAACAGUAUCUUCAUUUCCUAUAUACUGGUUCCAUGCAUUUAGACAAUUUGGACGAUGUGAAAUCAUUCAUUGCCUAUGUUCAACAAAUCUCUGAAACUCAUCAUUAUCCAUUCAUUUCUAGAAUUUGUUCGUUGGAUGAGAGAAAAGAUUUGGGAAUGACGAAACAAAUUCUUGCUCAACUCCACAAAGAUUUUUCCUCUCUGAUCAAUGAUCAUACUUAUAGCGAUUUAGUUGUGGUCUUGGACGGAGAUUACCAACAAGGAGGAGCAUCCAUGCAACAACAAGCUCACAUCCCUCCUGGAGAUGAGAUUUUCGAAGAGGAACCAUUCGAAAUUCCAGAAACUAGUUUUGAUAUUGCAGAACACGCAGUAGAUGAGAAUGGCGUUGGUACGGAAUUAUUGUCACCUCUUCCAAAACCUUCUUCAUCAAAUCUCAACACGACAAGCAAUGGAAUUGCAGUUCAUCGAUUGAUAAUGGCAAGAAGCCCAUUCUUUUCUCGAAUGUUUGUCACUUCUGGAAUGUUGGAAGCAAAAGAAAAAGUUGUUCAUUUGAGUGACUAUUCAACCGAAGUUAUGCUGCAAGUGUUAAAUUAUUUGUACACGGACACAAUUGUUCUCACUCCAAGAAAUUGUUUGGGAAUUCUCGUGUAUUGUAUCAUGCUUGAUUUGGUUGACAUGGCAAGUUGUUGUCGUCGAAUGGUGGUUUCAUUGUUGGACAAUUCUAUUGUUUGGUCAGUUUUUGAAAUUGCCACACUUUAUAACGACAAAUCAUUAGAGAGCGAAUGUGAACACUAUAUUCUAGCAAGAUAUGAAGAUUUGUGUACCUCGAGUGGAUUUUUGCAAUUACCUGAAAUGACUCGAAUCAAAAUCAAACAAGCUUUUGAAAAGAGAAAGAGGAAUAAAAAUUGA